ACCUCUCCUUACCAGUCUCUGCAGGCUGUAGAACUUGGCUGUUCUUACCUUGAGGUAUUGAAUUGACUUCAUCAGAGCUUGGACUUCAGUUGGAGACGGGCCUCACUAGGUUGCAGACAGUAACCAGUUUUACAAUGGACUCUCUUACUGCAGCAAAUAAUAAAUUUUGCUUCGAUUUUUUCCGAGAGAUUAGCAAAGAUGAUGCUCAUAAAAAUAUCUUCGUCUGCCCUCUGAGUCUCUCAGCUGCCUUUGGCAUGGUCCGCCUGGGAGCUCGAGGGGACAGUGCACAUCAGAUUGAUGAGGCAUUACAUUUCAAUGAACUUUCUAAGGAUGAACACAAAGAACCCAAUGAUCCCUCUCCACAAAGUGAAAGCAAAGCUUCUGACAGCUCUCUGGAAGGGCAGAAACAAACAUCAGCUUCUCAGGAUCAGCAGGGUGAAUCUACAAAUGACCAUCAAUUGCUUGGCUGCCACUUUGGGAAACUUCUCUCCAGAAUAGACAGAGACAAAUCUUAUUACACUUUAAGUAUGGCCAACAGACUCUAUGGAGAGCAGGAAUUUCCAAUCUGCUCAGAAUACUCUGAUGACGUAACGGAAUUUUUCCACACAACAGUCGAAAGUGUAGAUUUCCAGAAGGAUUCUGAGAAAUCAAGACAAGAGAUUAACUUCUGGGUUGAAAGUCAAAGCCAAGGUAAAAUCAAGGAACUGUUUGGCAAGGAGGCUAUUGAUAACUCAACUGUGCUGGUGCUGGUGAAUGCUGUUUACUUCAAGGCCAAGUGGGAGAGAGAAUUCAACUCUGAAAACACCGUUGAUGCAUCUUUCUGUCUCAAUGAGAACGAGAAGAAGACUGUAAAGAUGAUGAAUCAGAAGGGUAAGUUUAGAAUUGGCUUUAUCGACGAGCUGCAGGCACAGAUCCUGGAAAUGAAGUAUGCCAUGGGGAAGCUCAGCAUGCUGGUCCUGCUUCCAUCUUGCUCAGAAGACAAUGUGAAUAGCCUGCAAGAGCUUGAAAAGAAAAUAAAUCAUGAAAAACUACUGGCCUGGAGUAGCUCAGAAAAUUUGUCAGAAAAACCUGUAGCUAUUUCCUUUCCCCAGUUCAACCUGGAAGAUAGCUAUGAUCUCAAGUCGAUUCUACAGGACAUGGGCAUCAAGGAUGUCUUUGAUGAAACGAAGGCUGACCUUACUGGAAUCUCUAAGAGUCCCAAUCUGUAUUUGUCCAAAAUUGUCCACAAGACCUUUGUGGAGGUGGAUGAGAUGGGUACCCAGGCAGCUGCAGCCAGUGGGGUUGUGGCUGCAGAGAAGGCCCUUCCAUCUUGGGUGGAGUUUAAUGCCAACCACCCUUUCCUCUUUUUUAUCCGUCACAAUCCAACCCAGAGUUUACUUUUCUGUGGCAGAGUCUAUUGCCCUUGAAUCUACUCUGGCUUUUGAGGGGUUUAGAAGAAUGGCAAUAUGGUUUUCUCCUUACAAAACAUGGGCAUUUGUGUUUGGCUGAGUGCCUGAAGCUGACCACCUGCUGCUACAGUUGUUCACGGAAUCCCACAAGCCUCCCUUGAGUUUGGUUCUGAUAACCUCUGUCACCAGAAGCCAGAUCUCACUACCUAUCAAUGAAGCAGCCUUGCUUUCUCCCUAAUCUUUAUUGCUCUAAACUUUCAAGCAUAUAAAUUCACCUUCUAUGAUUUGAAGGUCAACACAA